CAUUAGGCUUUUCAUACAUUACAAGCUCUCUGAGUCAACUUCUCCUUACAGCAUGUAAGCAUGUGAAUCAACAAUGUUGAUGAGGCUUCCAAAAUCUUUCAGAAAAUUGCCCAGUCAAAAUGAUAACAUGCAUAAUAUGCUCUAAAUUAUUCACUCAUUUGGUCUGUUGCACGUAAGCACAUUAAAACUGGAACCUUCGGAGGUGGGUAAUCUAUUUUGUAUGUGCUGAUGUGAGUGGUGAAACUCCUCCCUAGGCUCAUACAGUGAAUCCUACAUCAAUAUGUACCUAAGACAGCGUCAGUAGCUAAAGCUGCUCUUACUGUUUUAUGAAAGAAGCUUGGUGCAGAGAAUAACCUUGCCAGAAAUACAGUCCAGAUAACAUUCAGAUUUUCCAACUGUCAGUUACAGUUACAGCAGGACAAUGAAGAAAAGGAAGCCACUUCACAGAAGCAAGAAGGUUUAAAAGUGGAUUACAAAUUCUUUCUCAAAGUCUGCGGUGCACCUUGGUUGAUUGCCAGUGACAAUGUCCUUAAUUCUGAAUGUUGGCCAUUGAUAGAAUGCCCUGUGAAAGUUCUUUCAGUGUCUCAAAUUCUUCACUGAGCAGGGCAAAUGGAUAAAUGAAAGACAGUUCGGCAAUCAAGUUGUAUACUUCAGUCAGUACAGUAUCAUGCUUCUACGUCUGGACUGAAACUGUCAUCGGCGGAGCCCCUUUUUACUAGACCUUUAAGAGCAAUGAGAGACAUGAAUGUUAAGUAAAUGUUAUUAGCAUUCUGAUUUGAGUUUCCAAAAUGCUUGUAAAUAGCACAAUUGAAGAAUUUCGGAUGGCAUCUCUUCAAAGACUUUUACAUGGUAGGGGUAUCUUGCUUCAGAUACAGGGGGUGUUUUGCUUCAAAUAGCAGAAUUUAAAGUUUUUAUAUUAGACCUUUUAACCUAUUUUGGGGAUUUUAUUAAUAUUAAAAUAAAUAAAAAGCAUGAUAUUAAACAUAAUUCCAAAAUUUGAUAUAAGGUGAACUAUGGGUAUUUUGUUAGAAAAAAACAUUAUCCUUUUAACUUACGUAAGAGUACAAUUCAUACAAUUAUAGAUAAGGGUUGCUUAGGAGAUUUGGGACAAAAUGACACAUUAUAAUACAUCAUUUGAUCAAGACAUUCAUAUUAUAUCAGAAAGUUUGAACUCUUCCGACAUUAUGAUAGGACAGGAAGAGUCCACACUUUUAGGACUAAAGAUCGCUCUUGCUGUUCUUUUAUCUAUUAUAACUUUAGCAACCCUUUUAUCGAAUGUUUUUGUCAUUAUUACUAUAGUUAUGACUCGGAAGCUCCAUACCCCUGCAAAUUAUCUAAUUGGUUCCUUAGCUUUUACUGAUCUGUUAGUGUCUAUCCUGGUAAUGCCUAUAAGCAUUGCAUACACUGUCACACAUACAUGGACAUUUGGUCAAAUUGUAUGUGACAUAUGGUUGCUCUCAGACAUAACUUGCUGCACUGCAUCUAUAUUGCAUCUGUGUGUCAUUGCUUUGGAUAGAUACUGGGCUAUCACAGAUGCAUUGGAAUACACCAAACAUCGGACAGCUAGGAGGGCAGCUGUGAUGAUAUUGGUGGUGUGGAUUAUAUCCAUAUGUAUUUCCAUCCCACCACUCUUUUGGAGGCAAGCCAAAGCUCAUGAAGAACUUACAGUGUGUACAAUCAAUACUGACCAGAUCUCUUACACCAUAUACUCCACAUGUGGUGCAUUCUAUAUUCCAACUGUACUUCUAAUUUUGCUGUAUGGGAAGAUUUAUAUAGCAGCACGAUCACGGAUACUAAAACCGCCGUCUAUAUAUGGAAAAAGGUUUACUACAGCACAGCUAAUCACUGGAUCAACUGGGUCUUCCUUUUGUUCAAUCAAUGCAAAUGUCCAUAUGGAACAUCCACAUACUUCUGAAACGCCGGUCUGUAUUAAUCACAUCAAGAUAAAGUUGGCUGAUAGUAUUAUAGAAAGAAAGAGACUGUCUGCAGCCAGAGAAAAGAAAGCCACCAAAACCCUUGGCAUAAUUCUCGGGGCCUUUAUAGUGUGCUGGUUACCAUUUUUUGUAGUAUCCUUGGUCCUACCUAUUUGCAGAGAUGCCUGUUGGUUUGAUCCACUACUGUUUGAUUUCUUCACUUGGCUGGGAUAUCUAAACUCCCUAAUUAACCCUGUGAUUUAUACAGUGUUCAAUGAAGAUUUCAAAAAAGCAUUUCAAAAACUCAUUCGACUCAACAAUGCCUCCUAGGGUUUACUGAUCUAUACUGCACUUCAAAGUUGAAUGCUGGGAUAAAAAAGAUAGUUGGGGCAUUCUGAAAGAAUGUUUAAAAACUUUAUACAAGUGUAAAUAUUGCAAGCACAAAGUAAAACAGAUUAUUUAAAAAAAAAAUCCUAAUGUAAAUGAGUUUGUACUUGGAUCAAGCCAUUCAGCUAAUAUGAGGACAGUGCCAAAUAUUAAACUAUUUUAUUUAAACAGUAUUUUACACAGGUUAUUGGGACUUUCUGGUGAAUACUGUGUAAAGUUAUAUGUAUUCCUAAGUGCUGCCAAAUUUCAAUAAAAAAUCAAACUUGCAAAGAAGAGGGGCAAACAAGAUGCAAACAAUAGGGACAGAUUCAUCAAAGGCCAAGAAAAAAAACUUCUUUUUAACAGAUAUUCAACUCUCCCUCAUUUAUCAUUCUUUUCUACCAUUUUUUCCUGAGUGAAAUUAAUCUAAAAGCACUUGCUUUGUAAUACUUUUUCCUGCAUAGAGAUAAAUAUUCCCACAGGGAGAAAAUGUUUCACAACUUUUAAGCCUAGUAGAUCGAAAGUUCUUGGCUCAUAGAACAGUUUUCACUUUCUAAAAGCUAAUAUAUUACGGUUAAGAGGGGAAAAAUGCAAACUUUAACAAAUGAGUUAGUAUUAUUGAAAUAUUUGGCUUUGGUCAAAGGUUAGGAAAAGUUUUCAAUGAAAUUGAAAAAAAAGUGUAACUUGCAUGAAAAAUAUGCAAUUUAAAUGUAACCUUUGAUAAAUCUGACCCAUAGGCUUAUCUUUUCUUGGGAUUGGAUGUAAAAUAAAUUAAGUACCAUACUGUUGUGUGAUAGAAGUACCAGGACAAGAAUGUCUGCACUGAAAAUAUGAAAAAGCAGGAAAAUAA